AUGACCGGAACUUAUGCCGGCCAAUUCGUCAUGGAAGGAUUUUUGCAUAUCACUUGGCCACGAUGGCGUAGAGUAAUGGUCACUCGGCUUAUUGCUAUCGUCCCUACAUUAUUCGUUACUCUGUUCGCAAAUGGCGUUAGAUCGUUGACUGGGAUGAAUGAUCUUUUGAAUUGCGUCCAAAUGAUUCAACUGCCAUUUGCGUUGAUUCCAGUGAUCACUUUUACCGCAAAUUCGAACGUCAUGUUUAAUUAUCGGAUUGGAAAGUAAGCGGUGACGCAUUCUGACUAGGUUGAUUCAGAAAAACACAAGCUGCGGCGUUGGCAGUGGCGGUACUGGUUAUCGCUAUCAACUUGUACUUCUCCACUGACACUAUUUUCUCAUUCUUUGGGACAGCGUAUACUAUUAGGUCUAAAAGUAUGACUCCGCCGUUUUUUUGUUUUGCAUUUUUUACAGGAUGGAAUAUAAUUUUGCAAUUUCUGUUUAUAUGCUAUAAAAGGACGUUGAAAACGCUGUCUAAUGAUAUAUGCUUCGUACAGUGAGGCCUUAUAUGACGGUUUUUAUAAAGCUUCAAAAAUGAUCAACUUCAUCUUAAGAAAAGGUGACUUGCGGGAAACUUUAUUCUGCACGUGUAAUGUGAGGAAAAACGCCGAUAACGCAUCGAACGUUUACAGAAGCUUGUGCUAGUUGUUCCUUGAGUGGAAAAAUCCGACGGGAAUGGCUUCAACGGUUCAAAACCGGUGAUCUUCACACCCAUCCAAAAAAUUUUAAGAUGGAGAUUAUGCGAUAAAAACAAUCCCCAGACGCAAAAAAAAGUUAGCCGUGAAGCUAAAGCUGACUCAGAAAGCAGUUUCACAGAGUCUGCAACAAAAGUGAAAGACGCAGGGAGCAAGGAGUUGGGUACCAUAUUAAUUGACCUAAAACAAUAUGCAAUAUUCUGAUGGAAAGACAGAAAAGAAAUUCUUUUUGCCUCAAUUCGUGACCGGGGGCAAACAAUAAAUGAAUUUUGACAACAGUUACAGCCACCGGAAUAAAAAAAAUUAUCCUGUUUUUUGGUCAUUUCAGACUCUAUGUUGAAAAACUGGCCAAGGCACGCUAGAACACCUAAGGUUAAAGGUCCUACCCUACCCGCUAUACUCUUCUGACACCACACUUUCAGAAUAACACUUGUUUCGACCGAUGAAACCCGAUCUGAGGCAGCAGCGCUUCGCUGAAUACAAAAAUGUCCAAAAUUGGCCCGAUGAAUAAAUUGCCUCAAAACAAAAAAUCGUUUUCACUGAUGGUAUUGAAAAGUUGCUCAAAUUGUGGGAAAAUGUCGUAGUUAAUAAUGGUAAUAAUAAUUAAACUUUAAUGUAAAAAUUUUUUGUUUUGAUUAAAAUUGUCAAGCCAAAAAAACGGCGGAGUCAUACUUUUAGACCUAAUACUUAUCUUUUAAUGGCUGCCCCAAUUGUCAUCUAUGUUUUAGCAGUGGCAUAUUUAUUUGUCGUUUGCCUUCAAGUCAUGGGAGUCUGCACAAAGAAGAUCUUUAACGUGAGGAAAUUUACAUUGUUGUAGUAUUUUACACAACUUUUCAGUUCAAUUUCCUUCGAGCUGAGCUUGGAUCCAUUUCUGUAAGGCCAUUAUGGCAGACGGAGUCUUCGCCAAGUGUCCAUCUAGGAGCUUCAUAUAAAUUGUAA